CUUCACUUCGUCUCGUCUUGGCCAAGCAUUUCGACCAAAAGCCAAGCUAUUCGUACGCCAGCAGAGAAGAAAAAGGGUCCUUUUCCUCUUUCUACCUCUGCCUCACUUCUACAACCAAUACCAAUCAACUAUCUAAACAACCCCCCAAACACUCUUCAUUUGUCUCUCUCGCCUGCACAACUGGGAUUUCCAAAUUCGUCACCGAGAUCUUGCGAGAACGAACCGUCGCCUACGCCUGCGACAACAUCAACAAGACCACCUUACCCGCGAUUCACGACAAGAUGGACCUCAAUUUCCAACUUGCCGCCCGUCAGGUUUCUGCCUGUGCUCUUUAGAGACACGCAAAGGGACAUCUUUCAACAUUGCCUCUUGUCCCACGGGAGGAAAAACAUCAUUGCACGCUUUUCAACACUCCUCAAAAAAUAA